CUGUGAGUGUCUUAUUACUGGGAUCCUUCUUGUGCGUACUGGGCAUGGAAUGAAAUAUAUGAAUCCCGGAGGGCUGAUUGUGCUGAUUUAGUUGGAAAAUGGAUAAGGAUUCACCAUCUCCACCCUCCUCUGUCAGCACCACUGCUUCAUGCCCUGUCCUGAAGGGACCUUCUCUACUCACACAGAUUCAUUCUGCCCCCAUGUCUAAUAACCCUGCUGCAUCUUCUCAGCCUGAUCAUUCAACAUCUUCCUCAAAUCACAGACAAUCAUCUGAUUCUUCUUCAUUACCGACACAACGUGUUCAUCUGGAUAAAUCAAAGCCAGUCUCUUUAGCUGCAUCUGUGUCCUUAGAACCCUCCUCUGGUGAAAUAGCCGAAAAACCUCAACCUGCUUCUUUUAGCAUUUCUGCCUCUGUAAUGUCCAACAUGUCAUCUCCGAAGUUCGGUUCUGCCUCUCCAUCUAGCUCUGGCUCCAAUACUUUGACUGAUUCCAUCAAUUCCCCCUCUGGAGCUGUCUCAACUAAAUGCAGCUUUGCCUCUGUUGCCAAGCGGGUGAUAAUGCAGGAGAGACUCAGGAAAGCAGAGCAAGAGGAUGCAGACGAUGAAGAGGAUGAUGAAGAAUCAGAAGAAGACCUGAGUGUGGAGCAGAUGGAGGCGAAGGCCAACACUGGUGAUGCUAGAGCUCAGAGCCGGUUGGGUCAGCACUUCUUAAUCCUUGCUGAAGAGAAAGACACAGAUCUUAACAACCGCCUGGCAGUAAACUGGCUGAUCAAAGCAGCUAAACAGGGUAAACAGUCUGCAACAAGACUUCUUCAGCGCUGUUGGAUCCAGAAAAAAGGAAUAACUCCAGAAAAUGAGGCUGAUGUGCGCAAGUUGUCAAAAGAGGGCAGGUUUGAGAUGGCAGUACGCAAAGCAGCCAUGAUGAUGUACUGGAGGCUCAACCCAGACAGGAAGAAGAAGGUGGCUUUCUCUGAGCUUCUGCAAAAUGUCAGCCAGGUCAAUGCAGUGCCAGGGGGCACAGCAAGCAAAAUCCCUGUCCCAACCUCGGGCCAGACCCAGAAAGUAUUAGAGAACAUGGUCAGCAAUGACACUAAACAGCUGGUGGACCUGGAUGACUUUGUUGAGAUGACAAAAAAGUAUGCACAAGGUAUUGUCCCUACUGUCUCUCAAAAUGGCAGCCAAGCAACAUCAAAAACUGAAAGUCCUGCACUGCCAGACAGUGGAAUGAAGGACAAGUCAGAGGUAGUCCCGAAAGAGCAUAAGAAAACCCGGAAACAUUCUUGGAGCUUCGGGUAUGGUGGGAUGAUGCCAGAUGCCAAGCAGACCAAUGUCAUGAAGUCACACUUGAUGAUGCUGCAGUACCCACUCCAUGCAGUUAUUGAGAUGAAGGAGCACCUCUUCGACUGGGCAUCGAAGGCAGGCGUCCAGUGGUUGAGCACGCUCAUCCCCACACAGCAUGUCAAUGCCCUCAUUUUCUUCUUCAUCAUCAGCAACCUGACUGUUGACCUCUUUGCUUUUGUCAUACCCCUGCUCGUCUUUUACCUCUCCUUCAUCGCCAUGAUUAUCUGCACUCUAAGGAUUUUCCAGAGCAGCAAGACUUGGGAGAACUUUAGAGCCCUGACAUCUUUGCUGACUCGUUUUGAACCCGGUCUUGACGUGGAGCAGGCAGAGACCAACUUUGGUUGGAACAACUUGGAACAAUACCUUUAUUUUAUCUUUUCCGUCUUCUUUGUCAUUUUCUCCUUCCCUGUUGCUGACAAGAAAUGGAUCCCCUGUUCUGAGCUCUCCACUGUGGCCAUCUUCUUCACAGCUCUCGGCUACCACAGCCUCAGCCCAGCCGCAGCAGCAUAUGCACGCCAGGCUAUAUUCAUAGAGGUUGCCUCAAAUCUGUGUUGCCUGACACAAUUACUGCCAAAGAACAUGACGGGAUUUCGUUUUCUUGGACACACGUUUAUGACAGUACCACUUGGGGAAUCUGUGGUGCUGAAGCUCAGCAUCCCUUGUCUUCUGUAUGUCUACUUGUUCUACUUGUUUUUCAGCAUGGCAAGAACCCGUGGAUUUCGGGGGACCUACUGCUUUUUUAUUCCAUACCUUGUGUGCUUCAUGUGGUGUGAGUUUUCAGUGAUCCUCCUUCAAAACUCCUCUGCUGUUGGAUUAAUCCGCACAUGCGUGGCAUACUUCCUCUUCCUGUUUGCACUCCCUGUUUUGGUGUUUGGCCUUGCCAUCAUGAUGUUCAUCCAGCUCUUCAAGUGGUUCAUCGAGCUAGAGUUGACAAAGAUGAUUGUGACCCUGGUGAUAUGCGCGAUCCCUGUCACUUUGCGGCUCUGGACACGGUUCAGCACAUCUAUUUUGGAUGUUUUCCGCUCAUUCAUGCAGUGGGGUCCAGUCAAAUUCAUCUUACUUUGCAUUUCCAUGGUGAUCCUGUUGUUCUCGGUUUAUGUUUAUCACACAGAGGGACAGAAGGUGUACAACUCCACCAUGACAUGGAACCAGUACAGUCAGGUCUGUGGGCCUCCAGCAUGGGAAAGCAAAGGCAUGGCCCAAACACAGAUCUUCUGCAGCCACCUGCAAGGGCACAGAGUCACCUGGACUGGGCGCUAUAGGCAUGUCCGCAUUGCUGAGACAGAGAAUGGAGCGCAGUCUGUCAUUAAUAUGCUGCCAGUGUUUAUUGGGGACUGGAUGCGCUGCUUGUAUGGUGAGACAUAUCCCAGAUGUGAGCCAAAGAAUAUAACACUGGCAAACCCAACAGCAGCAGAAAUGGCAAACAUUUCUUCACCUGCUCCAGUUUCUCUGGCCACCCUGCUUCGAAUGCAAGAAGAGGAGGAGUUGUGUCAAAUUAAAGCUUUGGCCAAACACUCCUGCCAUGUCAAGCGUUUUGACAGCUACCGAUUUGAGGUGACAGUGGGAAUAAUCCAGGAUGGAAGUUCAGGAGCAGAGGACACAGCCAGAGAUAUAAUCCUAAUGGCCAGCAAUGAGUUUAGACAAGUUCUGCUUAAUCUGAGACCUGGUAACAUAGUGGAGUUCAGUACUAAGUUGGAUGGCCGUUUAGGAGCAAAGGCUCCAGCAUUUGAGCUCAAGGCAAUCCACUGCCUUGACUGUGCUUCUUCAUGGCUCACUGGAGGCAGGCAGGUGAAGAUUGAGAGAGACUUCAGGCGAACCACAAUUAGAGCCUUGAAGUUUGCAUUUGACUUUUUCUUCUCACCGUUCCUGUCAGCAAACAUCCGUACCUGAGAGAAAAUAGGAAACAGGAAAUCUUAACUUAUAAUGGCUUAACUGAAUCUCUUUAACCAUCUUCUCUUCUAAUGGGAUUUUCAAAUCUAAUUAAAGAAAUGGCUUGCAGAUUGA